UGCCCAACUUCUUCCAAACUGUCCUGGGACUCCGAGCUGUGCUUCUCCUGCUCCCCUCAGCUUCCUUAGGAUUUAGUUUCUCAGGGAUGGCUGCAUCUAUUCUGGAGGAAGACGCACGCUAUGGUUCCAGUCCUCUGGCUAUGUUAACUGCUACCUGCAACAAGUUUGGCAGCACGAGCCCCCACAGAGAUUCGGCUACACCCGGUAAGAUCGGCAGCGCUAUUCCUGUAAAGAAGCCCUACAACAUGACCUCUGACCUUCAGACAGCCAAGAACGGACGCACCGCAGACGGCAAUGGCCUGGCAGACUCCUACACAGGCUCCUUCACCACAGCUGGAGGAGGAGGAGGAGGAGGUGGUGGUGGAGGUGGCGGGCUGCUCACCCCCACUGGAAGCCCCCCUCCUUCAGCCGGAGGCUACACUACAGAAUAUAACCCUUUCUCCCACUCCUUCCAAACGUCCAUGUCCCAGGACCCAUCUCUUUUAGUCCAGGCCCACGCCACAGCUGACUGCCUCACCAGUGUCUACACCUCGCUCGAUAUGACACACCCCUAUGGCUCCUGGUACAAAGCCGGCAUCCACCCCGGCAUUACAGCUGCUCCAGCUAAUGCCACGUCCUCCUGGUGGGACGUGCAUCCCAACUCCAACUGGCUGUCGUCCUCCCAGCCCCAGGGGGACGGAGGCCUCCAAGCCUCCCUGCAGCCCGUCUCUCAACAGGCCUCCCUCAGCCCGCAGUUGUCCAGCUACGGCACCGACUUCACACAGCUCAACCCGGCUCCUUACCCGUCUGUGGGGCUGGGCUCCUCCUCACACCUCCUCCAGCCCUCCCAGCACAUGCUGCCCCAGGACAUGUACAAGCCAAAGCCUGUGCCAAGUGCAGGGCUGAUUGAGAGUCCCAUGGGCUUGAAGCCUGCCCGGGGAUCGGGGGGCUACAGCGGAGGGGGCGCGCCCACCAGGUCCUCAUGUGACUGCCCCAACUGCCAGGAGCUGGAGAGGCUGGGGGCGUCGGCCGCGUCCCUAAGGAAGAAGCCGGUCCACAGCUGCCACAUCCCGGGCUGUGGGAAAGUCUACGGCAAGGCCUCCCACCUCAAAGCCCACCUGCGCUGGCACACCGGCGAGCGACCCUUUGUCUGCAACUGGCUGUUCUGCGGGAAACGCUUCACCCGCUCAGACGAACUGGAGAGGCACGUGCGCACCCACACGCGGGAGAAGAAGUUCACCUGCCUGCUGUGCAACAAGCGCUUCACGCGCAGCGACCACCUCUCCAAGCACCAGAAGACCCACGCGGAUUCUGCGAUGCAGGGCAAAGCUGUAGCGGUGGAGGGAGAGACGGAUCCGCGGAGCGAGGAGACCACAGAGCUGAACGCCAACGCUGUGAGCACCAAUCCUGUCGCUGACCAAAUCACCAAUGGAGAUGAUAAAACUGGCACGCCUAAUGGAGUGGAGAACAGCAGUGGACUGUUGGAGAUCUGACUUCAUUGAGGUUUCUAUCUAGAACCAUUUGAGGCAUGAUGGUGGAAGAAUUCACCUUUUCAAUUAAAAAAAAGGAGUGAUUUGGUUUGGUUUCAAGACAUGUAAAAGAGAUGAAAUCAUGUUUGAAAUGACUUGAUGAGUGAGCAUGUUGCAGCUUGGAUCACUUCAAUUCAACUGGUCCAAAUACACAAAUAUGAGCACGCCAGCUAGCAUGAACCAAUGCACAAAUGUACACACGACGACACACAUACACACGGAAAUAUGAACAAUCAAGCCGUGGUGUACAUGAAAAUAAAUACAACACGCACAUGUGCAAAUACUAAAGCACAGAUAUAUAUAUAUAUAUGUGUACAAAUGUGCAAGAAUAUAUAAUGCAUGUACACGCACACACACAUACAAAUAAACACAGUCAUGCACACAUUUUCUGCCUCUAAAAUGAGGCCGACCACUGGGGAAAUGUAAUCCGCGAAAGCAGAAGGAAAAGAACUCUGAAGCCACAAAAGCAAAGUAGUUUUAAAAUGAGACUUAUGGUUAGAGUGAUGGAGUUGAAGGAACAUUGCAUGACUGGAGAGAAAUCUGAUUUACAGUUGUACUUUGAUACUUAUGCAUUAUUCCUGAAACAAUCAAAGGACAGUCUUUCUUACUGCUUCACGUUGCCAAAGAUGUUUUGAUUUAAAGGGUUUUGCAUUUUACUUUUGCUGUUUGCUUCUUACGAUGUUUAAUUUAAUUUCAUAUUUACAUAAAUAACCUAAUUUAUGUCUUAAAUUAUACACAUGGGAGAUUAUCUUGCGCUCUGCAGGAAAAAUAAUGCCUGAAUAAACGCAAGAUGGUAAUAGGCGGCCAAGAAAAUAAAAUGCAUUAAAUUAAAACUUUUUUUCUUAUUUAUUAGUUAUAACGUGGAGUUUUGGGACUACGUUUGUUUUUAAAGAUGUAUUUAUAGAUCAUGUUAGAUGUACGUGUAAACUAUUUCUAUAUAAUCUUUUAAUCGUGAAAUCUUCCACACCUGGCAAAGUAAUGAAUAAUAAGGGCUUCUCCUUGUUUGUACAUACUAUAUAUUUACAACAAUAUAUAGACAUUGUAAGGUGUGUUAUUUUUCUACUUUUUAAUCUAUUUUCUAUAUUUUAUGUAACUUUCCACAAUGAAAAAGAUCACUAUGUUGCAUUAGUAUAAAAGAAACAUAAAAGAUCAUGAAUUGUUGUUGAUAGUUUUGCUCAUAAAAUGAAACUACCACUGUUUGCUGACUUGUUGUGAAAUGAGUGUAUAAGAUACUGUAAAGCAUUACGCCUCAUAAAGGUUAAUAUUUUGUAAAAGUUGUGGUGUGAGAUCAUGACAAUGUAAAGUAAAGACAUUUCGAAACGCA